AUGCCCCGGCCGGAGCUGCCCCUGCCGGACGGCUGGGAGGAGGCGCACGACUUCGACGGCAAGGUCUACUACAUAGACCACACGAGCCGCACUACCAGCUGGAUCGACCCGCGGGACAGGUACACCAAACCGCUCACCUUUGCUGACUGCAUUAGUGAUGAGUUGCCGCUGGGAUGGGAAGAGGCGUACGACCCACAGGUUGGAGAUUACUUCAUAGACCACAACACCAAAACCACUCAGAUUGAGGAUCCCCGGGUACAAUGGCGGCGGGAGCAGGAGCACAUGCUGAAGGAUUACCUGGUGGUGGCCCAGGAGGCCCUGAGUGCACAAAAGGAGAUCUACCAGGUGAAGCAGCAGCGCUUGGAGCUCGCGCAGCAGGAGUAUCAACAGCUUCAUGCCGUCUGGGAGCACAAGCUGGGCUCCCAGGUCAGCUUGGUCUCUGGUUCGUCAUCCAGCUCUAAGUAUGACCCUGAGAUCCUGAAGGCUGAAAUUGCCACAGCAAAAUCCCGGGUUAACAAGCUGAAGAGAGAGAUGGCUCACCUCCAACAGGAGCUACAGUUCAAAGAGCGUGGCUUUCAGACACUGAAGAAAAUCGAUAAGAAAAUGUCUGAUGCUCAGGGCAGCUACAAACUGGACGAAGCGCAGGCUGUCCUGAGAGAGACAAAAGCCAUCAAAAAGGCCAUCACCUGUGGAGAAAAGGAAAAGCAAGAUCUCAUUAAGAGCCUCGCCAUGCUGAAGGACGGCUUCCACACCGACAGAGGGUCUCACUCUGACCUGUGGUCCAGCAGCAGCUCUCUGGAGAGUUCAGGUUUCCCGCUGCCGAAACAGUACCUGGAUGUGAGCUCCCAGACGGACAUCUCAGGAAGUUUCGGCACCAGCAGCAACAAUCAGUUGGCGGAGAAGGUGAGAUUGCGCCUUCGAUGUGAAGAGGCUAAGAGAAGGAUCGCCAACCUGAAGAUCCAGCUGGCCAAGCUCGACAGCGAGGCCUGGCCGGGGGUGCUCGACUCCGAGAGGGACCGGCUGAUCCUCAUCAACGAGAAGGAGGAGCUGCUGAAGGAGAUGCGCUUCAUCAGCCCCCGGAAGUGGACCCAGGGGGAGGUGGAGCAGCUGGAGAUGGCCCGGAAGCGGCUGGAGAAGGACCUGCAGGCGGCCCGGGACACCCAGAGCAAGGCGCUGACCGAGAGGUUGAAGUUAAACAGUAAGAGGAACCAGCUGGUGAGAGAGCUUGAGGAAGCCACCCGGCAGGUAGCAGCUCUGCACUGCCAGCUGAAAAGCCUCUCUGGCAGCAUGCAGAGCCUGUCCUCGGGCAGCAGCCCCGGAUCCCUCACGUCCAGCCGGGGCUCCCUGGCCGCCUCUAGCCUGGACUCCUCCACCUCAGCCAGCUUCACCGACCUCUACUAUGACCCCUUCGAACAGCUGGACUCGGAACUACAGAGCAAGGUGGAAUUCCUGCUCCUGGAGGGGGCCACGGGCUUCCGGCCCUCGGGCUGCAUCACCACCAUCCACGAGGACGAGGUGGCCAAGACCCAGAAGGCAGAGGGGGGCGGCCGCCUGCAGGCCCUGCGCUCCUUGUCCGGCACCCCGAAGUCCAUGAGCUCCCUGUCCCCCCGUUCCUCGCUCUCUUCCCCGUCCCCGCCCUGCUCCCCUCUCAUCGCCGACCCCCUCCUGGCUGGAGACGCCUUCCUGAGCAACCUAGAGUUUGAAGACCCCGAGCUGAGUGCCACUCUUUGCGAACUGAGCCUUGGCAACAGCACCCGGGAGAGGUACCGGCUGGAGGAACCCGGAACAGAGGGCCAGCCUCUGGGCCAAGCUGCGAAUAAGGCUCAGGGGUGCGACCUGAAAGUGGCCUGUGUCUCAGCUGCGGUGUCGGAUGAAUCCGUGGCCGGGGACAGUGGUGUGUAUGAGGCUUCCGUGCAGAGACUGGGUGCCUCAGAAGCCGCUGCUUUUGACAGUGACGAGUCAGAAGUAGUGGGUGCAACCCGGGUUCAGAUUGCCCUGAAGUAUGAUGAGAAGAAUAAGCAGUUUGCAAUAUUAAUCAUCCAGCUGAGCAACCUUUCUGCUCUGUUGCUGCAGCAAGACCAGAAAGUGAACAUUCGCGUGGCUAUCCUUCCCUGCUCCGAGAGUACCACCUGCCUGUUCCGGACCCGGCCUCUGGACGCCUCGGACACCCUGGUGUUCAAUGAGGUGUUCUGGGUGUCCAUGUCCUACCCAGCCCUUCACCAGAAGACCUUAAGAGUCGACGUCUGCGCCACCGACAGGAGCCAUCUGGAGGCGUGCCUGGGAGGCGCCCAGAUCAGCCUGGCUGAGGUCUGCCGGUCCGGGGAGCGGUCGACUCGCUGGUACAACCUCCUGAGCUACAAAUACUUGAAGAAACAGAGCAGGGAGCCCAGACCAGUGGGAGCCAUGGCCCCCAUGCCAGGACCUGAAAGCACGGAUGCCGUGUCUGCUUUGCUGGAACAGACAGCCGUGGAGCUGGAGAAGAGGCAGGAGGGAAGGAGCAGCGCACAGACCCUGGAAGACAGCUGGAGGUGCGAGGAGGGGACCAGCGAGAACGAGGCAGCAGCUGAGGAGGAGGAAGAGGGGGAAGGGGAAGAGGACGUUUUCGCUGAGAAAGCCUCACAUGAUAUGGAUGAGUGCCCAGCGCUAAAGGUGGACAAAGAGACCAACACGGAGACCCCGGCCCCAUCUCCCACGGUGGUGCGGCCCAAGGACCGCCGGGUGGGUGCGCCAUCUCCAGGGCCGUUUCUUCGAGGGAGCACCAUCAUCCGCUCCAAGACCUUCUCCCCGGGCCCCCAGAGCCAGUACGUGUGCCGGCUGAACCGAAGUGACAGUGACAGCUCCACCCUGUCCAAGAAGCCGCCUUUUGUUCGAAAUUCCUUGGAGCGGCGCAGCGUCAGGAUGAAGCGGCCUUCGUCUGUCAAAUCCCUGCGUGCUGAGCGCCUACCACGCACCUCGCUGGACCUCGAGUUGGACCUGCAGGCGACCAGGACCUGGCACAGCCAGCUGACUCAGGAGAUCUUGGUGCUGAAGGAGCUCAAGGAGCAGCUGGAACAGGCCAAGAGCCACGGGGAGAAAGAGCUUCCACCGUGCUUGCGGGAGGACGAGCGCUUCCGCCUGCUGCUGAGGAUGUUGGAGAAGCGGCAAAUGGACCGAGCAGAGCACAAGGGCGAGCUUCAGACAGACAAGAUGAUGAGGUCGGCUGCCAAGGACGUGCACAGGCUUCGAGGCCAGAGCUGUAAGGAGCCCCCAGAAGUGCAGUCUUUCAGGGAGAAGAUGGCAUUUUUCACCCGGCCUCGGUUGAAUAUCCCGACCCUCUCUGCGGAUGACGUCUAA